AGUUUGUUGUGAAAGUCCGUAGGAGGUUAACGUGAAUCAAAAGCGGCGAAGCCGGUAGAACUUAAAAAUGUUGCGAGCUAUUAGAAAUACGUUUAAUGUUGUACAAAAAUGUAAUUACAGUGCAUAUGCUCUUCCUAAACCUCAACCAAACCCAAAUGUUCUAUAUUCUGGGAUUUUCAUCAAUAAUGAAUGGCACAAAUCCAAAUCUGGAAAAACAUUUGAGAGCGUAAAUCCCUCGACGGGUCAGGUAAUUACAGAAAUUCAACAAGGAUCUAAGCAAGACAUCGAUUUGGCGGUGGAAGCUGCAAAUGAAGCCUUCAGAUUCGGCUCGACUUGGAGAACAACCGAUGCAUCAGAAAGAGGACGUUUAUUGAACAAGUUGGCGGACCUUAUGGAAAGGGAUGGCGCUUACUUGGCAAGUUUGGAGACAUUAGACAACGGUAAACCAUUCACACAAGCUUGGGGUGACGUAGUUGGCAGUCUCAAAGUGAUCCGCUAUAUGGCCGGUUAUGCUGAUAAAAUUUAUGGAAAAUACAUUCCGAUGGAUGGAAAAUAUAUGUGUUACACCCGUCACGAGCCCGUAGGAGUUUGCGGACAAAUCAUUCCAUGGAACUUUCCGCUUAUGAUGAUGGCAUGGAAAAUUGGACCCGCUUUGAGUAUGGGAAACACCGUUGUUCUCAAGCCUGCUGAACAGACGCCUUUAUCGAGUUUAUACGUUGCUGAAUUGGCGAAGGAAGCUGGAAUUCCUCCAGGUGUUUUAAACAUCGUUCCCGGAUUUGGAGAUGCUGGACAAGCUUUGGUCGAAAAUCCAAACGUUGAUAAAAUCGCCUUCACUGGAUCAACCGAGGUUGGAAAACUAAUUCAGUCCAUGGCUGGAAAAAAUAACUUAAAGAGAACUACUCUAGAAUUGGGAGGCAAAAGCCCCAAUAUCAUUUUAGCUGAUGCCGACCUCGAACACGCUGUCGAACAUUCUCAUCAAGGAGUCUUCUAUAAUCAAGGCCAGGUUUGCUGUGCUGGAACCAGAACGUUCAUUGAUGACAAAAUAUAUGAUGAAUUUGUCGAGAGAUCUGUUGAAAGGGCCAAGAAACGUGUUGUAGGCGAUCCAUUCGACUUAAAGACUGAACAAGGACCUCAAGUUGAUGAAACACAAUUUAAUAAAAUUUUGGAAUUAAUCAAGGAAGGUCAAAAUCAGGGCGCCAAGUUGGUUCAUGGCGGUGAAAGACAUGGAGACAAAGGAUACUUUAUUCAACCAACUGUGUUUGCUGAUGUACAAGAUGAUCAUGUCAUUGCCAGGGAAGAGAUCUUUGGACCUGUACAACAACUUCUCCGAUUUAAAGACCUGGACGAAUUGAUCGAAAGGGCUAACAGGACAAACUAUGGUCUAGCUUCUGCCAUUUUCUCAAAUGAUAUCAACAAAAUUAACUACAUUUCUCAAGGUUUGAAAGCUGGUACCGUAUGGGUCAACUGCUACAACGUUUUCUCUCCCCAAGUUCCAUUCGGUGGUUACAAAGAUUCUGGAUAUGGUAGAGAAUUGGGAGAAUACGGAUUACAACAAUACACAGAAGUCAAGUCUAUUAUUACCGCUCUCCCCGCCAAAAAUUCCUAAACUGUGUUUUUGAAUAUGCCUUUUCUAAACGUUUUUGAUUUUCUAGAUUAUAGUUUUCUCAAAUUUACCUUUAAAACGUACAAGAAAAGUUUUUUGUAUAAAAGUGUUCACGCACAAAACGGUUCUAGAAUUGUAACUCUUAAAUCAUUAUAAUUUAUGGAAGAUCUUGAAUCAAAAUUAAUCUGGUUAGAAAAAUUAUUUUUGGUUUCCAGCUAACUAUUUUACGAACAUUUUAUUUAAGUUAGUAUUAGGUCUAUUGGUGCUUACCAAUGUGUGUUUUAUAUUGAAUAAUAUAUAUUUUUUCAUUUG